AAGAUAGAAAAGGCUCUCUAUAUAGCCUAGGAUCUCAUAGGGAAGAAGACCUGGCUGACUAAUUCUGAACUUCAUUGCAGAAGGAAAGUUGAAUCAGUUGACCAAUAUGAACAUCUUGCCAAACACUUGAUUCUGCUCCUUUUAAGCCAGGUUGCCUAGAUUACAUGAUGGCGUUCUCCAGUGAAGCUAAUGCCAAAUUUUGCCUCAAGCUCUUUCAUCUACUGAGAAAUUAUCACCAUAAUGAAAAUAUCUUGUUUUCACCUUUGAAUAUCUCAGCUGCCCUGAGCCUGCUCUAUGGCGCCAGAGGGAACUCUGUAGGCCAGAUUGAAACGCUGUCCAGCUUCAAUCAAGAUAAAAAAGAGCACAUGAGUUCAGAAUCCAGACCAGAUUCAGGACAGCCAACAAAUUACACUGCCUUUGAAGCCAGUCAGAGAGCAUACGUCAUGCAUGAUCUAUGUGGUGAACAUUAUAUGAGCCCCCAAACACCUGAAAACACCAUUCAUGAGGUGGAAGACAAAGAAGAUGGAAAAGCUCAGGAGGCUAUGCAUAAGCCUUUGGUAGAAGAAUGUAAGUGUGAGGCAAAGGAAGAGCCCUUCUUUCCAGCUUCCAUUCCAGUUUCUGAGAGAGAUGCUAGAGAAAUGGACAGCAACUUGACCCACAUUCUUGCGUCAACUGUUUCUCAGUCUAACAAUUAUGGUGUUUCUUCUAACAUUCUUCCCUGGAGCAAACAUAUUCCAAAACAUGAAACAGUGGAAAUUUUCACACAAGACCAGGCUUCCUCUGAAGGGGAAGCAUUUCCUAAUCUGGCCAGCACACCAGAAAACCAGAAGGGGUCAUUCACAAAUAGAAACUUAGCUGCUGAAGAUGUAAGGCUCCCUUCUUUCUCCUGUGUCAAAAUAGCUGCAGAAAAUUCACUCACACCAUUACAACCAUUCAUAUGUACUGCAAAUGUAGAGCGUGAGGAUCCUGAAGCAAAUCUGGUAAGCUCUUGUCUAGUAUCCCUUACAGAUAAUGAGGCAGGCAACAGAAAAUCAAGAACAGAAGCUGACUAUGUUCAGACUGUGGCGGGUACCUCUCCUCAAUCAAAUACUGAAGACAUUGCCUUGCAUCUACUGAGAAAAGAAGGUGAUGAGUUUAUAAGCCAAGAACAGUCUUCUGUGGAAGGGGCGGUGCAUCAAAAUCAGGGAAGCCAAGAAGAUGAUGAAGUUCUAGACCAAGAAAGUUCUUCUCUUGAAAGAACAGUGCACCAAAAUCAGGGGAGCCAAGAUGACGAAGAAGUUCUAAGCCAAGAAUGGUCUUCUCUGAAAGGGACAGUGAAACAAAAUCAGGGGAACCAAGAAGAGGAUAAUGUUCUAAGCCAAGAAUGGCCUUCACUGGAAGGGACAGUGAAACAAAGUCAGGGGAACCAAGAAGAGGAUAGGAUUCUAAGCCAAGAACAGUCUUCUCUGGAAGGGACGGUGUACCAAAAUAACGGGAGCAGAGAAAACAAUGCAGUUCUAAGCCAAGAACAGUCUUCCCUAGAAAGGACAGUGAAACAAAAUCAGAGGAACCAAGAUGAUAAAGAAGUUCUAAGCCAAGAAUGGUCUUCACUGGAAGGGGCAGUGAAACAAAAUCAGAGGAACCAAGAGGAUGAUAAAGUUCUAAGUCAAGCAAUGUCUUCUUGGGAAGGGACAAUGAAACAAAAUCAGAGGAACCAAGAAGAGGAUGAGGUUCUAAGCCAAGAACAGUCUUCUCUGGAAGGAACGGUGCACCAAAACAGAGAAAACAAUGUACUUCUAAGCCAAGAAUGGUCUUACCUGGAAGGGAUAGUGCACCAAAACCAGGAGAACCAAGAGGAUAAUAAGGUUCUAAGCCAAGAACGGUCUUCCCUGGAAGGGACAGUGAAACAAAAUCAGGGAAACCAAGAAGAUAAUGAAGUUCUAAGUGAAGAACAGUUUUCACUGGAAGGAACAGUGCAUCAAAAUCUGGGGAACCGAGAAAAGGAUGAGAUUCUAAGCCAAGGAUGGUCUAUUCUGGAAGGGACAGUGAAACAAAAUCAGGGUAAUUUAUCUCAAAGCCAGGAGGAAUUAUCUCAAAGUGAAAGGAUUGGUAUUUCAUAUACAAAUUCACCCUCAGCAGUCCUCUUUAUGGAAGCAGGUGCAGAAAUUAUGCCAAAGAGUCAAUUUCAGGAAUUCACAUGGAGCAUGGAGGGUCAGGAUUCUGGGGCAGAAGAUACAAGCUUAUUUGCCUUUCUUACUUCCAGGAGAAAUGAUGGAUCAACAUGCAAGAAUUUGAUACAGACUCUGUCAGACACCAGUUCCCAACUUGACUCAGAAGAUGACAUUUCUUCAGACUUUCUUCCAUGGAGUGAGGACUUUCCAAGUAGUGAGGAGAAUGAUGUUGCAAGCCAAGAAUGGCCAUCACUAGCAGACAAAGUGUUUCAUAAUCAGAGAAGAUCACCAAACCCCCAGGAUGAUUUGUUAAACAACACGAAUGCAGUAAGUCCAUCUUCCUCCUCUAGUGUUGAAGGAACUGCAAGAACUAUGCUUAGUGAUGCCCCUGUGAAGGAAUUCAAAUGCACCACAAAUCAGAAGACUUGUGAAAAGUCUUCUGAGGAAAAGGGAACCUCCAAUCUGAUUUCUCUAUCAAAUGCAAGGCUAAUUGAUAGGCAGCAGAAUAGCCAUUUGGACCACCAAGUGGUAUAUAGUUUAAAUGCUCAUCAGUCUGUCCCUCAAAUAGCUUCUUCUUCAUAUUACCUUCCCUGGAAUAAAUACCUUAUAGGAAGGGAACAGAGAGAGGCUCUAAUACGUUCACGUUAUCCUCUGAGACAAAAUGUAUCUGAAAAUCUAAUUGUGUCACCUGAAAACAGCAGAUAUAACAGACAUAAUUGCAUGCAUAGACUUCCCCUUGUUUCAGUCCAAUCCUAUGCAUGUCUUCUCAGAAGUAAGCCCUUUUGAUUUCAAUGGGACUUGCUCUCCAGGAAAUAUGCAUAGAAUUGUCGCCUAAAUUAGAGGCUUGAGCUUCAGGAAACAGCCUGCUGUUUACUGUCAAAUUUGUGCUCUUGAACUAUGUUUUUGAACUCUGCAUGUUCUUGAACUAUGCAUUUUACAGUUUCUCUCUGUUUUCAAAGGGAGCUAUUGUAAAAAUGUGCCUUAUACUGCCAGAUUGGCAAGAUGGCUAAUGAAUGAACUAGAAAUGGUGAAACUCAUAUGCAGAAUCUUUACCACCAAAUCAUCAAACAGUAGUGAGGAAUGGUUGAUUUCAGGAGCAUCAGGGGCAGGGGAGAGUGGGGAGCUUAAUCCUGCCCCAAAAACACAUUUUAAAAGUCACUUUUCUUCUCAUGGGCUCUAAGAAAGAACUCGUGCUUUUAAAAAAAGCACUUUCAGGUGGAAGAAAUGGGCAGAUUUACUGUUCAUAAAUGCUGCACUUUAUAUUGCCCCCAACAUACAGGGACUCUGAGUUAUUAGGAAUCAGCAGGAUCUGUUUGGUUCCAGUUGCUUACAUGUCUAUUUAUUUAUUAUUAUUAGAUCCAUUAAUUCUAAUAAUAACAAAUAAAUGUCUAGUUGUGCCCUUAAAGUAGGUGUGCGGAACCUUUGGUCUGCCAGAUGUUGCUGAACCACAACUGUCUUAAUCCUUGGCCAUUGGCCAUGCUUGCUGUGGCUGAUGGGAGUUGUAGUUCAGCAAUAUCCAGAGGGCCAAAGGUUCCUCACGCCUGCAUUAAAGAGUCUUACUUCUGAACAAGGAUGGGAGGUUUGCAUUUUAAUGCAUACCUAUCUAAUUUGCACUUCCCCAAACAAAACCUGAACCGAAACACAGCUAUCCUUCAAAAUUUGCACUUCUCCAAAUUUUGCAAUGCAGCUUUCCAACCAAGAAAUAUGUACAAAAAUGUGCAUAUUGUAGGAAAGUGUGCAUAAAAUAUUUUAUAAUAUAAAAAAAUGUUUUGUAUUAGGGAAAAUUGCCUGCAAAAUGUAUAUAUUAGGCAAAGUUGUACAGAAAAAUGUGUUUUAUUAAAAUAAAUGUGCACUAAAAUGCAGAUGAAUUUUCAUGAGGACUUUUAAUAAAUUAAUAAAUUGCAAAAUGGUGCAGAAAUGUGGUGAGCUGAAUGUAAAGCUUGGAAAAAUGAGAAAUUGGGGGAAACCUAAACUGACAUUCAUCACUACUUCUGAGUAAGUGAUAUAACAGAGAUUAUUUGACAAGUUUACUUAUCUUGGAAGCAAGGCAUUUGUUAAGGGCACUGAAGAAAAUGGACUUAGUAAACAUAAUAGCAGACAAGAGGAAUGAAGCAGGAGGACAAGCAGAGGUUCCCUGCUCCCGAAAAGACAUUGCAACAGAAAUAAAUAGUGAAGGAGACUCCAUAUUUUGUUGGCCCUACAGGGCUGCAUAAGAAAAGGGUCACCAUAUGUAGGAACAUCAGAAUCUGGUGUAAUGGAAAAAGAUCCAUUAUAUUGUACCUAGGUUGUGGAAUAUUGUUCCCAGAGAGCUAUAACUGGUGCCGACUCUACAAUAUAUUUAGCACCAUAUUAAAAACUUUUUAUUUAA